AUGGCGGUCGCACAACCAGCCAUCGCUGUUCAUGUCGCUAUUGAUCGACGCAAUCAAAGACUUCCCACUGAUGACUAUGACACCGAUGAGUCGUAUCAUAGCGAAGUCAGCGAUGAAGAUACUAGAGACAAAGUAGAAGACGAUAGUGACGUGGAAGAGGAGUUUGAUAGCAAGGUUGAAGGUACAGGGGACGACGAAGAUGAGCACUUGGAAGACAGCGACGUUGACGGCAGUGACUAUGAACGGGCUUCAGACGAUGAGACAUCUGAGAGCGACAGCGAACAUGAAGACGGCGGGUUGCCAUACGAUAAGUCAGCUGGCAAUGUUCAGAUACCGCCUGUUAGCUACCCUCAAAAGUCUUCCGUGGUUCCAGAAGCACUGAGGCCAGGACCGAAUGACCACGAUCCCCGGACAAUGCCUGCGCAGCAACGCCAAACCUCUAGUCUAAGAGCUCCAGUGUAUCCAUAUACGCCUUCUGAAUUGCGACAAGCAGAUCGGCGCCAAGAUAUCUCUGUUCAACACCAGCACUUCCAAGACGUUGCUCCGUCUCCUCCGCAAACUGCGCAAACCUCCCGAACAAGCCUGCCGUCAUGGCAGCAGCCCUACCAGCAUUCGAUGCAAGAGGAGGAAGCGGAAGACGAAUAUGAAGAAUAUAUGGAAGAAACAGAAGGGGAGGAGGAAGGCACCGACGACUAUGACGAUCUAGCGCGUGGACCGAUUGUUCAAAGACGGUCAUACGAGUCAGCAGGACGUCAAAUGCAGAUGCCUUCUCAGGACCAGGGAAUGGAACGACAACGCCAAGAGCAAAUCAGAGCUACACUGGCAAAGAAGGCUUCAGACGAGCGAAUGGCGCAAGAACAGGAGGCGGCCGAAGCCGCGGCCGAAGCAGCGCAUUAUCAAGCGCAGCGACAACAGAUCCAAGCCCAAAGACAAGAAAUCGACAGGAAACGCCAAGAGAAUAUGCAAGUUGCCAUGCAACAAAGACAAGUAGCGCAGCAGCAAGCGCAGGAAGAGGAAGAGGAAGAAGAUGAGCUCGCAGCACAGCAAGAAGCUGCAGAAGCGGCGGCCAGCGAGACUGCCCAGCGAAAGUUCGAAUAUGCACAGCGUCAACAAGCACUUCAGAUGCAACGAGCGCAGCAGAAGCAUGCGGAUGAUGAACUCGCCGCCAGGGAAGAUGCGGACUGGGCUGAUCAGGAAGCCGAAAAGGCCGAGGCACAGCAGCGGGCCUUCCAGCAGCAGCAACAGUGGCAAGAACAACAAAGAUCUCAAGAAGAUGAAGAGUAUCAGGCACAACAACAGGCACAGUGCCAACAGCAACAGUUGCGAGAACAACAAAAAGCCCAAGAAGUUGCAGAUAAAGCUGCUCGGAAGCAAGCAGCAGAUGAAGCUCGCCAGUAUGCAAAGCAAGAGAAAGAUGCGAAGAAGGUGGAGGAGAAAGCAGUAAAGGACGAGAAAAAAGCUCAAGAGAAGGAGCGAAAGGAUGAAAAGAAAGCGGAAGAGAAAGAGCGAAAGGACGAACAGAAAGAGGCUGAUCGAGAGGAACGUGAGACUCGUCGAGUGGAAGAUCAGGAGGCCAAACGCGAACGAAAGGCCGAGGAUGAUGAACGACGGAAAGAACAGCGCGAGAUGGACCGUGAAGCCCAGAAGGCUAAGCGGGCGAAUGAUAUAGAGAUGAAAAGGACACGGGCAGAGGAAACGCGGGAAUGUAAAGCCGAGGAUGCCGUUCAGCGACAACAGCAACAGGAAAUCGACAGAGAAGCCCGUAAGACUCAAAGAGAACUCGAUGCGGCCGAAAAGACUCAACGAGCACAGGAGCAAGCCGAGCUCAGAGCAGAGGAAGCAUCCCAACGCAUUGAAGAACGCUCCGCGACACAAGAGGCCAGAAAGGCGGAGCGAGAAGCCCAGAGGCAGAUGCAUUUAGCUGAGAAGCGCAGCACGAUGGAGGAAACGGCUGCUGGAGCUACCCAUCGUAUGGAAGAACAUGCCAUGGAGCAAGAAGCAAAGCGUGCCGAGCGGGAGAUUGAGGUCCAGAGACGCCAGGCCGAACUAGAAGAUAAGAAGGCUCGACGAGCCACUGAAGCUGAGGAGAACAGAUUGAGAAAGGAGAGUGAAGACGAAGAGCGAGCGCACAAGAAGGGAGCUGAUCAGGAAAAGAAGACUCAUAAACAAGAGGAGAGGCAGCGUAUGCAGGAAGAGGAGGACGAGCGACGGACGGAGGCUGGGCAGUUGGAGGGCAUGAUGAGACCCAAGGACAUCAUGAUCAACAACAUGGCAGUCAUUCGGACGAAAAUCAUGGCCACCAACAAGGUAGACACCCAGAUACGCAGCAUGACGACCCUAGAGGUCCUAAUCACGCAAGCGGAAAUCAUCAAGAUCACGCAAGACAACCUGGACAACAGGGUCGACAAGACGGUGGCCAUUGGGACGGUAACCAUGGCCACCAACAAGGAAGAUACCCAGAUACGCGACAUGGCGAUUCUAGAGGUCAUGACCAUCCGGGUGGAAAUCAUCAAGAUCAUGCGAGACAAGGACAACAGGGUCGACAAGACGGUCGCCAUUGGGACAGUAACCAUGGUCAUCAACAGGGAAGAUACCCAGAUACACCACUUGGCGAUUCUAGAGGUCAUGGUCACCCAGGCGGAAAUCAUCCGGAUCACGCCGAAGAAGGACAUGGUAACGGACUACGUCAAGAAAGACACCCAUAUAUGCAGCGCGGCGAUCCUAGAAGUCAUAGUCACCAAGGCGAGAAUCACAUGGAUCACGCCAGUCAUGGACGUGGUGAUGAACUACACCUGGGCGGGGCGAGAAGCGCAGGAGGCAAAUUUGGAGGCUGCACAGAACCCUCAUAGCCCCAACGCUCAAGGCAAAGGCAUCAACAACGGAAACGGCGCGAAUGCGAACGGUGCCAAGCAGAAACCUGUGAUGAAUCGAGAGUUGGUCUUGCAGGGAAGAAAGGACAGGAAAGAGGCAAAGAGGUUAAAUAAGGCUGCGGGGAAUGACGCCAAUUCUCAAGAAGAGAGCGCAGGUGAACCGAUUAGGGAGCACACAGACGACGCGCAGAAAGAUGCUGCUAGACAACCUGCGGGUACGGAGGCUGAGAUAAAGAAAGCGCGGGAGGACAGGAAGAAAGCGCUGCAAGACAAGAAAGCCGCGAAGAAGGAAGCUAACGCCCAGAAAGAAGCCGCUGCCUCGGGUACCAAGCAUGACAAUACGACUAAAGAUCAGAAGAGCGUAGAUGGUCCAGCCAAAGGAAAGCAGAGCGCAGAAGACAGCGCAGAGACUAAUCGGAAGAUUGCCAACCACACGAUUACCAACAAGACGGUCAACAACCAGACAAUCACCAAUCAGACGAUUACCAACCGAACGAUUAACAACGAACAUGUUACGAACGCCAAGACCGAAAAAGGGCCCUCGAAGAAAGAUAUCAUCGCAAAGAAGAGGACCGAGCGAAAGGCUAAGAAAGAGAAGGACGCUGAACAUAAGGACGCUGAACAUAAGGACGCUGAACAUAAGGACGCUGAACAUGAGGACGCUGAUCAUAAUGAUACUGAACACAAGGAUUCUGAGAACAAGGGUUCUGAACGCAAGGAUGCUGAACAUGAGGUCGCUGAACUUAAGGAGAGUAAGAACGGUGGAGCGAAGUCAGACAGUACAGACGCAGACUCCAAAGCAGCCAAUAAGAAGGAGGCGGAUGCAAAGCAGGAAACCGAAGCGAAGGAGGCAGCUUCGAAACUGAAAAUAGUGCACAAGGCUGAGAAAGCUGAUGAGAAGAGCGAAAAGAAGGGGGGUGAGAAGGUUGGUAAGGAAGUUGUUCCAUUUACCAUCAAGCAUGCCGAUAAGUCUGGGGAGCCAAGUACUGCGAAAGCUGAGAAAGAUGCUCAGAAAGCGGAAGAGGCCCGGAAGAAGCUCGAAGCUAAACGAGUCGCAUCUGAGAAGAAGGCCCAAGACAAGGAGGAGAGGUUGAAACUGAAGUCUCUCAUAAGGCCUGAGUCCUCUGAUGCCAAGAAAGCCGCCGAAGCAGAGAAGCAAAGACUGAAGCUCGCAGCCAAAGAAGCGGCCAAGGACAAGAAGCCUGAAGCUAAGCAACUCGCAAUCGACAACAAGCCACAUGAGAAGGAGCAGAAGUUGGAUCACAAAUCUAGCGCGAGUAUAUUCCAUUCGCAUGAAAGCCAUACACAGAGCUCUGAACAUCGACAAGUUAGCUUGUUCAGAUCGAGUGCGAAACAUGAGGCCACGGAUACCAAAGCGCCCGAAAAGGCGGAGCAACGGAGGCUGAAGACAGCAGCCAAAGAAGCCGCAAAGGGACAGAAGCUGAUAAUGCAAGCCGAAGCGAAGGAACAGAAGCUCAUCACGCAAGCUGCAGCGAAGGAACUGCGCACAGCCUCUAAUAAACCUGCAAAAGAACAGACGCUCAUAACACUGGCCACCGCCAAACAAGGAGCCGCCGCACGAAGAGACCAAGAAAAGGAAGAGAAACGUCAGAAGAGAAUAGAAGCCCGAUUGAUGACUGAGCAGCCGAAACAAGAGCGGAGUUUGGUCAAGUUUGGAAAGAGAGAGCAUGAUCAGCCGAAACAAGAGCAAAGUCUGGUCUUAUUUGGCAAGAAAGGCCAUGAUCAGCCGAAGCCAGAGCAAAGUCUAGUCAAAUACGAAAAGAAAGAGCAGGAUGAAGCCGCCAAGAAACAGCGGAAGGCAAAGGAAGAGGAAGAGAAACGCAAGAAGAAGGAGGACGCCCGCGUCGAAGCAGAGCGUCGGAAAGUAGAGCAGGCGAAGCUUAAAGCAGAAAAAGAGCAGCUUCAAGCCCAGAAGAAAGAGAAAGACAAAGCUGAAAAGGCAGAGAAGGAUAGACUAGCAGCAAUCCAGAAGGAAGAGAAGAGGAAGCUUAAAGCUGAGGAGGACAAGAAGGCCGAAGCUUUAAAGAAACAGCAUAAGCAAAAGGAAGAAGAAGAGAAACGCAAGAAAAAAGAGGAUGUUGAGUUCUCCAGAGCUCAACAUCUGGCAGACCAAGCGAAAGGUCUAGCCGCAAAGAAACAGAAAGAUAAGAAGGAAAAGGAUGAGAAGCGCAAGAAGAAGGAAGACGACCACUUCGAGGCAGCUCAUCAGAAAGCAGAACAAGAGAGGACUAAAAUUGAGCGGCAAAGGAAAGAGAAAGCUGCAAAAGCAGCGAAGGAGGAGGACGACCCGUUCAGGAGAAAACUUGAUAUACAGCAUGGAGAGUGGGAGGCGAAGAGGAACGCUGCGAAGAGUGCUCCGAAACCAGCGGCCGCGUCCAGGCCUACAGGUGCAAGGAAUGCUGCUCCAGCUAGGAAGCCUGCUCCUGCUAGAAACGCUGCUCCUGCCAGAAAGCGGAGGUAG